UCAAUCAAGCUGCCCUCUCUGGAACUCCGUCUGCCAUUCAGACCAGCAACUUACUCCGGUGUAAUGCGCUGUGGAGCGCAACCAUCCUCUGCUACCACUGUUGGCUUGUGUGCGUUGUUGUGUGAAACAGCAUACAUUACGUUGGAGUUAAGUUGAGCAAGAAACUUCUUCAGAGCAUGUUAAGAGUCUUUAUUGAAAGACAUUAAGGCCAGAGGCUUAAGAGUAAAUACAUGUAGAGAUUCUUCAGUCACCCCCCUUCUGGUACAUCUCUCUCCAUAGAUAAACACAAAAUGACAGCCUCUCAGCUCAGAGGCAUAAUUCAGAAGAAGAAACACACAGACUCUGUGAGAACUUUCCCAGUCGCUAUCAGAUGGCUACCAUAGCAACGGCCCUAGCCGUCCGUUCCCAGACAGGGCAUAGACAUAACUCCCCCUUAACCACAGUUACGUCUUCACACUUGCAGGCUUCAUGGAAAACUACUAGAGACAGUAAUGCCUACUGGUCACCAGCCCAACAAGCACAUGCAAAAGAUCUGGAUGAUGAGCAAUUUUGCAGUUGUGCAGAUUGACACAGCCCGGGAGCUGGAAGAUCCAGACUACCUUGCAGAGAGCUACCUGAAUCUGGCACGGAGCAAUGAGAAGCUCUGUGAAUUCCAAAAAACCAUAUCCUAUUGUAAGACUUGCCUGAACAUGCAAGGAACCACAAUGAGCCUGCAACUCAAUGGCCAAGUCAGCCUCAGCAUGGGCAAUGCCUACCUUGGUCUCAGCAUCUUCCAGAAGGCUCUGGAGUGUUUUGAGAAAGCCCUACGCUACGCACACCACAAUGAUGACAAGAUGCUUGAGUGCCGUGUCUGUUGCAGCUUGGGCAAUUUCUACACACAACUCAAGGACUAUGAGAAAGCCCUGUUCUUCCCAUGCAAGGCAGCUGAGCUGGUGAACGAUUAUGGAAAGGGCUGGAGUCUAAAGUACCGAGCAAUGAGUCAGUACUACAUGGCUGUGGCCUAUCGGAAGCUGGGACGCUUGGCUGAUGCAAUGGAAUGCUGCGAGGAGUCAAUGAAGAUUGCCCUUCAGCAUGGAGAUCGUCCUUUGCAGGCACAAUGCCUUCUCUGCUUUGCUGAUAUCCACCGCAGCCACGCAGAUGUACAGACAGCAUACCCACGCUAUGAUUCCUCAAUGAGCAUCAUGACCGAGAUUGGAAACCGUCUGGGACAGAUUCAGGUGCUCUUGGGUGUGGCCAAGUGCUGGGUUAUUCAGAAGGAACUGGACAAGGCGCUAGCAAGCCUUGAGAAGGCUCAUGAGCUUGCAGAAGGGCUAGGAAACAAGCUUGGACUGCUGAAGAUUCACUGCCUGUGUGAAGGGAUCUAUCGCACAAAGGGGCAGCAGCGGGAGCUCCGCAAACAUGUGGUUAAGUUUCAUGAAUGUGUGGAAGAAAUGGAGCUUUACUGUGGCAUGUGUGGUGAAUCUAUUGGAGACAAGAACCACCAGCUCCAGGCAUUGCCCUGCUCCCACGUCUUCCAUAUAAAAUGCCUCCAGACCAACAGGACACGCGGCUGCCCCAAUUGCCGGCGCUCAUCAGUUAAACCAGGAUUUGUGUGAUCUGUUGAAUCCAUGGUUAAAGCUCAUUUGAUAGUUUCCAAGUAGCUGGAAUAUUACAGGCUCAUGGUAUGGAGAGGGAGGAAUCCAAUGUGUAGGUAGAGGGCCUGCUGCAGAAUGGAUGCAACACGUGGACCUACUUCUCUGCUACCCAAUGUUUCACAUAUCUGAGUUGUGGACAUCUGGAGUCCUGACAUCUCCUUCCUCAAAGCCAGUUAUCACAUCUGAUAUGUCACUUCUGUUUCUUGAAGUGAGUUGGUUAGCAUGGCCUCCCAUGAUCCCAGUCCUGUCAUGUUCAGCUGCUUCUGAUAGCUUCCACCAGGGCCAAUUCUGACACUGAUACCACACACCUUAAUUUUUUUUAUUCAUUCCUCAUGGGAAACAAAAUGAUCAUGGCAACAUACUGUUUCUUGGAUGAUGCAGCUCUGUUUUCUUGUAUCUGUGGAGAGCCACCAGUCCCUUUCCAAGUAUUGCUGUAAGAUACUUUCUCUUAACAUUGUGAUCUAGGUUCUUUCUCAUAACACAUACUGGGUGCCUAGCAGCAGUUCCCUAUAUAUGCUUUGGAAAAUUAAUGGAAUCCAUAGUAUAAAAUAGGGUCCUUUGAUGAGCUCACCUAGCUUAUCAAAUUCAACCUUCUUUCACCUUGGAAUGUUCAGAUCUGUGAUGUCUCCCACCUGUCUUUCAGCAAUGUGCUUCAGGAGGGGGGGGUGUCUGCUUUCAGUGUAAAGGUGCAUACUUGGGACUCUUCCCAGAGUACUGGAUUCCUUUGGCCUGUGAUCCACUCUGUUCUGUUCCCACAGAACAUUCAUUUGCUGCAUGGACUACAAAGGAACAGCCUCUCAGGCCAGGGUGGGAGAAGGUCUUGGGGAAAAGGUUUUGUUUUAUUUCUUUGCCAUAGUAUUGUGACGUUAUAUAGACAGAAGCAGUAAUCUGUCUGCAAUUAUGUUGUCAGCAGUAUAUUUAUACUUUCUGUAAACUGGUAUACUGGAAUCAAUAAAGGCAUAUCAGCCCACAGUUCAGUGUCUUCAAAUUAACUUGACACAACUGUCUUCCUCCACCUAUCCCUUCACUAAUUAAAAGAAAAGUAGACAAACCAUUGCUAACCCAGUAAUACAUGCUAUGGUUAGCAUCUUAUUUAUUUUUUUAACAAAAUUUAUAAACUGCUUGAAUGUAAAGACCUCUAAGCAGUUUAAACAUUAAAGUGAUCAAUAAAAUAGUUAAACAAGUAAUUUAAAACAUAUUUAAAACAAUUAAAACAGGUACUAACUAAAAACAUUAAAAUAAAUCAACUUCUAUGUAUCUGGAAAAGCUUGCCUAAAUAGAAAAGUUUUAUCAGGCACCAAAAGGAAAAUAGCGAAGGCGUCUGCCUGGUGUCAGCAGCCAGGGAGUUCCAAAGAGUAGGUGCUGUCACACUAAAAAAACAAUUUCUUACAAGUGCAGAACAAGUAUUAUGUGGCACCUGUAACAGUGCCUGUUCUGCAGAAUGAAGUGCUUGAGUGGGCACAUACAGGGUGCGGCAGUCUCACAAGUAAGCUUAUUUAUUUAUGUGUUGUUGCAUUUCCUGUUUGUUUUUUGUUCAUAUCAAACCAAGAGAAUAGGAGGAAUGGGUGAACAUAGGUUUUAAAUAGCUUCAUUUUUAAUGUCAGACCUAUUUGAGGGCAGCAGGAAAAGACUUGUGAGCAAUCUUAAAUGCUGGUGGGGUGUGUGUGAUGAGUAUGUUUGACAGGGUUUCUGUGGAUUUCUUAUGCUCUGCAAAAUCACAGGAGACUUUGCAAGAAUUCUUUUUUGGUACCAGCUCAGCCCAGCUCUUUUUAGUUUAUAGCAAGCUGAGGAGAUUGGGGUGGGGGACAGAGAGAAAAAAAAAGAUUGUGGGUGGUAUUCAAUGCUAGUCCUACUCAGAGUUAGACCCACUGAAGUUAAUAAACGUGACUAACAUAGGUUCAUUAAUUUCAAGUGGUCUACUCUGAAUAGGACUCGGGGACUUCCCAGGAGGAUCGCUCCGCCUGUGCUGCCUCUGGGACAGGCUCCCGUCUUGGUGGAAACUUUUUCAGUUUUAAAACCAGUCAGAAGGGCUUUUUGACCGGGGAAAAUUUCUUCCGGAUAAGGAAGAAACGUAGAGAUUUUCCACAGAGCUUUGUUGUGUUUGUUGGAGGCUGGAAUUCUGCGAAAGAAGGUCUUCCAGCAGCUCGGACGGAGCUAGGAUUUCCAACCAGCUCAACUGAUUAAGUGAGACUUUUUUUUUCUUCAAAGAAAAAUGGAUUAACAGGCAAGCAUUCUCCUGUCUUUUCUCAUUAUUUUGUUAUCAAUACAGCUAAAGAGAUUUGUCAAAGAACCAGCAAUUAAGAAACCCUGGGUGAGUCAUAGCUUUCUCUUUUAUUCACGGAGCUAAGG